CUCUCGUUUCGUGCGCGCGAUCUUGAGGCGCAUGCCAGAGUGAGGAAGCAUGUCGAGCUCCAACCUCACACAGCACCCUGUCUCAUCCGCUGACCCACCCUUUGGGUGUUCGAACAUCGCAGAUGCAGCCAUCGCUUGUCGAAACAGCCUUACUUCAUGCAAUACCAUCAGCUACCUCUGGGAUGAAUGGGCAGAGAAUAGACUGGCAGAUUUCCGGCUCUGGGAUGCCAGCAUUGGUGCUUCUUCCCAGAGCGGUUCCUCCCUGGAAGACCGGCUAAUCUCAACACCGCAUAUCAAAAAGGUCAUACUGAGCCUUCUGAAUGUGUUCAAGGUUACCAUAGACGAGUGCAGAGAAUUCGGUGAGUCCUGAAGAUCUCAGACCAAGCUUCUUAGGUAAGCGGUGCUAACAUGGGGGAGGCCGCAGAAGUGAUCAAACAGUGAGCCGAUAUGAGUCUUACACGCCACAGGCUGCUCGACUUGAAGGUUGGUUCCAAUAAUUACUGUUCAGCAAAUCCUAACGUACAACAGAUUUUGCAUACUCAAACAAGAGCCAUGAAACCACAAGCUCGCUGUCUCUAUCACUGGUCGAAGUCAUUCAAGCCGCUGAUACGCUCUUGAACGACCUUGUACGACU